AUGCAGAUGAACCAGGAGAACAGAGUCGAUGCAAGUGUGCCUUUGCCCGCAGGCUAUGAGCUGGAGCGAAGGCUUGGGGUGGGCAGCUUCGGCAGCAUAGUGGCCGUUGCACGCCAACCACCACAUCAUCACAAGGUGGCGGUGAAGACCAUCGACAAGCGCAGAUGGAAGGCCGACGACGUGUGUGGCGGCCUGUAUGCCAUCAAGCAGGAGGCACAAGCCCUGAAGGAACUCACCGCGCAUCCCAACAUCAUCGGCUUCAUCGACGCCGUGGAAACGGACGACUACUACCAUCUCAUAACGCAGCACAACACUGGAGGUGAUCUCUACGAGCACCUCUACGAGACGACCUACACGUUCACCGAAGAAGAUCUCAUGUCGGAGGACGAAUGGGGCGACGACAUGGACCAGAGCAUCACGCCACGCGGCGGGCGUACGCUGUUCCUCAACGAGCGCGAGCCGCCCAGUGAUGGGCUCGACAGCGCCAACAGCGACCACGACAAGCAGCGGGGCAUCAACAACAACCACGGGCCGAUGAUGGACGCCGUGCGCAGAAGAGAGCGCCAGGGCAUGCAACACCCGGGCGCAGUGCUGACCGAGAGUCCACGGGGACAGCAGCAGCAGCAGCAGCAGCACAUCGGCCAACGCUCGCCUCGGCGAGUGCUCGAAAUGAAGGAGUACGGCGGACGACUGAGCGACCAGGAGGCGCAGCCCCUGUUCCGGCAGCUCGUGCGCGCCCUCCAGUACUGUCACUCGCACGGCAUCGCACACCGCGAUCUCAAGCCCGAGAAUGUGUUCCUGGACGACAACCAGAGAGUGCUGCUGGCCGACUUUGGGCUUUGCAUGCACUUCACUCCCGAACAGCGAACUUUCGUUCCGUGCUGCGGCUCGAUGUUGUAUACCGCGCCCGAGGUCAUCAAGGAACAGCCCUACGUCGGACCGGAGAUCGAUAUUUGGGGGCUCGGCAUUCUGCUGUACGAAAUGCUGUGCGGCUGCACGCCGUUCCAGGCCGAUACGGACGAGGCGACGAGGCAGCGCAUUUUGAGCGGGGCGGUCACCUUCCCCGACCACCUCUCCUCACAAGCUCGCGCGCUCAUCAGCGGCAUGCUCCAGGUCGACCCGGCUCUGCGGCUCGAUCUAAACGCGAUCAAGAAGCAUCCGUGGAACCUCUCCGCCCCGCAGCUCGCCGCCACAUCCUACCUCUCCCCUCGAGGCCUCAUAUCGCCGCGCAUGCUGAUGCAUCGUAAUCGAGACUCGGCAGCGUCGGCAUCAUCGCCCAAGCCAUUUUCGCUGAACCUGAUGCCGGCGGCGCUGGCGCCCUCGCGCACCAUUCCGUCGCCGCGCUACGACACCACCUCGCCGCGCCGCAUGGCCGUGCCGCGCCCGCUCAUCAACCCCGACAACGCCGACUGCCUCAUCGCCAUCCCCGGCGGAGCCGACUGCGAGAUGCCCACCACCGCCGCCACGAGGCCUCGCCCUCCGUCGGCCUCACCAUCGUCGUCGCCGAGGGGACCCACGCCCGCGCAGCUGCGCGUUCGGCCCGCGCUUUGGCAUUCGCCGCAGCUCUGCUCGCCUGACCCCUCCCCCCGCGGCCCGGCGGGCCUGGGCCUGGGCCUGGGCCUGGUCUCGCCGCGCUCGUUCCUGUCGCCGUCGGCCUCGGCCUCGCUGCUGUCGCCGCGCUCGCGGCUAUCACCCGGAUCGCCGCGCGAGUCGUCGGCCGCGGCCAGCAAGAUCUACUACUCGCUCAUGACCAUGGAAGAGGAGCGCAGGUUGCCCCGGGGGCGAACGACGAGGGCGCCGCUGACCAGCGGUGCGGCGAACGGUGAUGGUGCAGCAGAAGGCGAGGAGAGCGACACCGAUGAAGACGAAGACGACAGCGACUACAGCGAAAGCGAAAGCGAAAACGAAAGCGAUGACGACAACUCCGACAACAAGAAGAACUCCGACACGAGCGACGAGAACGAAACGCGAAGCAGCAACCUCCGAGAAAGGCUCAAGAUCGGGCGGAUCGACUUGAGCGUGGUCCAGGCCUCUAAACCGAUUCCUUCGGUUGUGGUGGUGGCCGAGGAGGAGGGGACGGCUGACGUUCACAAGGCCGAGAAGAAGACGAAGCACCCGCAGGAGAACACCGACGGCAAGCCGGCCAAGAAGGAGCACAAGGAAGCAAGCGCGCCUCGCGACCAGACGAAGAAGAAGAAAAAGAAGAAGCCAACCAACAGCCGAGAGAGUUUCAAGGACCCCCGCGCGCCCAUCUACAGCGCACAGAGGGACAAGGUGACUGUCGUGGACUUUGUGAGCACCAUCCGUGCCAGCGGCAAGCAGCAGCCUUCAGCAGGGAAGCACCACUGA